CCCCGUUUAUUUCCCCGUUUUUCCCCAGCCCGAUGGAGUUCCCCGAGCACAGCCGGCAGCUGCUGCGGGGGCUGCGGGAGCAGCGCUCCCGGGGGAUCCUGUGCGACUGCACGGUGCUGGUGGGCACCGCGCCCUUCCCGGCGCACCGGGCCGUGCUGGCCGCCUGCAGCUCCUUCUUCCACCUGUGCUACGCCGAGCCGGGCGGCGCGGGCGGGGCGCGGGGCGCCGUGGUGGCCCUCAACAGCGACAUCGUCACGGCGCCCGCCUUCGCGCUGCUGCUGGAGUUCAUGUACGAGGGGCGGCUGGCGCUGGCCGCCCCGCUGGAGGACGUGCUGGCCGCCGCCAGCUACCUGCACAUGAACGACGUGGUCAAGCUGUGCAAGAAGAAGCUGCAGGCGCGGGGCCCGGCCGAGGCCGACAGCACCAAGCGGGAGGAGGACGCCGCCAGCCCGGCCCCGCCGCAGCCGCCGCCGCAGCCGCCGCUGCAGCCCCCGCCGGGCGACGCGGGGACGCCGCCGGAGCCGCCGCUGGUGGACGCGGCCGACACGACCCAGCCCGGGGUGGGCGGCGAGCGACCCCCGCCCAGCCCCAGCAGCUCCUGCGAGGCCGCGCCGGGACCCGGAGCCGCCGCCCCGUCCGCGGGCGGGGGUCCCUGGGCCGCGCCCCCCGGCCCCGCCGCUGUCAUCAAGGCCGAGGCCAUCGUGAUCUCGGACGAGGAGCCCGACGGCGCCCGCCGCCCCGCCGCGCCCCCUCCUGCUCCUCCGCCGCCGCCGCCGCCGCCGCCGCCGCCUGCCCCGGGCCGAGCGGCGGGAUUCGGGGAGGGGGCGGCGCUGGGCCCGGCGCUGGGGGGGCUGCGGGAGCCGCUGUUCCUGGCGCCGCUGGAGCCCCGCGGGGGUUUCGGGCUGUUCGCCGAGGAGGCCCCGACGUGCCCGACCUGCGGGAAGACGUUCUCGUGCUCGUACACGCUGCGGCGCCACGCCACCGUGCACACCCGCGAGCGGCCCUACGAGUGCCGCCACUGCCUGCGCUCCUACACGCAGUCCGGGGACCUGUACCGGCACGUCCGCAAGGCCCACAGCCACGGCGGGGCCGCCCGCGGGCCCCGCGACCCCGCCCGCGACGGCGACAACCCGCCCUGACCGCCGCGGCCGCCCGGGGAACCGGGAUGGACCGAGCCGAGCCGAGCCGGCGGCGGGGCUCGGACGGGGACACCGGCAUGGGGACAACUGCUCUGACCGGGGACACCGGGACGGGGAUGCCUGCGGCCACCGGGACACCUGUACCGUGCUGGGACACCGGGACUGGGACACGCGCCCUGAGCGGGACCCCCGGGGCGGCAGCGCCUGCACGGCCGGGACCCCCG